GCCUCUUUGUCAGCUUUAUAUAUGAUCCGAUCCCUAGUAGUAUGAAGUAUUCACAAAGGAGCGUUGUUCACCUUGAUUAAUUAAGGGUUCGAUCAUUUUGUUAAUUGUGUGUUCAAAAGAGUGAAAUUAAUCCAAAAUACCAAGUAUGGGCAACACUUUAGGUGGGAAAAAGACUGCAAAAGUCAUGAAGAUAAAUGGUGAAACAUUCAAGUUCAAGACACCAGUGAAGGCUGGGGAUGUAGUUAAGGACUAUCCAGGGCAUGUUUUGCUAGAAUCUGAGGCAGUUAAGCAUUAUGGUACUAGGGCAAAGCCAUUGGAAGCACACCAAGAUUUGGUGCCAAAAAGGCUCUACUUCCUAGUAGAGUUGCCAGAGACUCCAACUGAGAGGGUUCCAAGAAGGGUUCGUUCAGGGAUUAACAUGAGUGCUAAAGACAGGCUCGAGAGCCUAAUGCUCUCUAGGAGAUCAACAUCUGAUCUUUCGAUAAUGAAACCUUCUAGCAUUGUCUCCGAGGAGGCAAAACGUGGUGCAAUGAGGGUGAAAAUGAGAUUACCAAAGGAAGAAGUGGAGAAGUUGAUGCAAGAAAGUAAGGAUGAGGCUGAGGCGGCUGCUAAGAUUCUGGAUCUCUGCAUAGCAAACACCGCAGGUGGCAGCAAUAAUAGCUCUCGUGAAAUUGCACAAAAUGGUCAAGAGAGUGGGUUGUCGCAACAAGUUCAUUGGAAGAGCGGCCACGGGAGAGUCGGCAACCAAGGGAUCAUUAAGGCACGUGAGAAGCGAGUGAGUUUCCUUCCUUUCAGCGAAGGAGAGAUGCAGAUAGCUGUGGCUUCUUAUUAGCAAAUGAUCCAAAUAUGCAAUCAAGAAAAAGCAGUCUUAUUAAAUAAAUUAGCAAAGCGAUCGAUCAAGAGAUAACCUAGCUGCUCGCAUUCCCUCUACGUCAGCCUGCUGAUUCCCAUUUACCGCAAAUAUAUAUAUUCGGUUUUAUGUCUUGUUCUUGUGCAUAAAACCCAAGGAGCUUUGAGGUUUUGAGCAUUAUGAAAGAGCUUAGAGUGCUGAUCAGAGAGCUGUCUUUGGCCGUAAAUUAAUUAUUUUGAGAAACAUUCCACAAUCACUCUAGGAUAUAUAGCUAGAGUUAUGUUUGUCUUCUAAUCACAAAAUAUAUGUUGUAUUUUUUGGGAGUGAUCUCUUUUAUUAGCAAUAACAAUCACA